GGCUUGGCGGGGCGGGGCGCAAAGGGCAGGGGGAGCCGCGCCGCGCACCCAGCGCCGUGAUGGGGCUGGAGACCGAGAAGGCGGACGUCCAGCUCUUCGUGGACGACGACGUGUACAGCCGCCAUAGCGGCAUCGACUACGGCGACCCCGAGAAGGUCGCCGACUUGGGUAUGGACCGGGAUCCUCACCGGCUCAACUCGCAUCUCCAGCUAGGUUUCGAGGAUGUGAUCGCGGAGCCGGUCUCUACGCACUCCUUAGACAAGGUGUGGAUCUGCAGCCAUGCGCUGUUUGAAAUCAGCAAAUACCUGAUGUACAAGUUCCUGACGGUGUUCCUGGCGAUUCCCCUGGCCUUCGCUGCGGGAAUCCUGUUUGCCACCCUCAGCUGUCUGCACAUCUGGAUUCUAAUGCCUUUUGUAAAGACCUGCCUAAUGGUCCUGCCUUCAGUGCAGACAAUAUGGAAGAGUAUGACAGAUGUUGCCAUUGGCCCAUUGUGUACAAGCGCAGGACGCAUCUUCUCUUCCGUCAGCCUGCAGCUGAGCCACGACUGAACACUUCCACACCAGGUCUGGAGAUUUGGAAACUGUAAUACUUCUUUGUUAUUGUAACAUAGAAGCACUACUGUUCCGUUCAUUUCCCAAUUGUUCUAAUUAAGAAAACUAUUCAGAUGGGCAACCAUGUUUAGACAUUUUUAUUGGCGGAUCUUUUCAAAUAAUCUUUUAUAAUUAAUAGCCAAGGGUUUCAUAUCUAACUUUAUAACAAGUAGGUUGGCAACACUUAAUUUUAAAGGCAAUUUUUGCUUUAGUACAGAAGUAUAAAUUUUAUAAUGAUGAAUUUAUGAUCAAUGAACAUUUCUUUCAAAACCCUACAAUGGUUUUGUGUACAACUGUUAAAACAUGAUAUUUCUUAUUUUUUUACUUGGAGAGUAGUAUUUUUAAAUUAACUUUACAGAUAAAUUUUGAUGGAUAUUUAGAGAUAGAAUAUAUAAAUAUCCUGGAAAAAGCAGUAAUAGAAGCACACAGUGGGGAGAGUAGCUAUUGAAUAUAAUAAAACAAUAAAUGAAAAUAGAUUCAUGAAAACAUGUUCCUUUAAAUAAGAUAUUGUUAACCUACAGGCCUAUUUAACAAAAUGUUCAUUUUGCUGUAUAUUUUGUACUUAAUGUAAAUGUUGCUCUAAUCAGAUUGCUUUAAAGCACUUGUAAUUAUAUGUUUUCUUGUUGAACUAAUAUAUAGAAUGAGUAAAUGUAUCUCCCAUAAGAAAUGUCAUUGGUGAGAUUGCACUGUCUUGAUUAUGUAAACAUAUAUAUCUUAUUUUGAAAUAGAAUGUAAAAGACUGAUAUACAAUCCUUUCCUUUCUAACUUUUCCAAGCAAAAUCCCAAAAUGUUUUAUGACAGAUUUGUAUCUCGCCGUAAUCUUAAAAUAAUCCAUAUCUAAUUAAUACUUUGUCAAGGAGAUGCUUUCUCUCUUUUAGUUAAAAAUUAAACCUGUAUUCUGGUAUUCCUAUUAAUGUUUCACUUUAUUUUCAAGUAAUGUUGGUGCUAUUUAAUAAUAUUUUAUAAGAAAAACUACUUCUGGCACUUAAAGUACAAUUUACACUACUGUGAUUCAUGUAGAAAGGCUUAUAGGAGAGUUUGUUUCUUUUUGGAUGCAUGCUACUGAACUAUAUGUAUAAAUUAAAAACUAACAGCUAUAAAGUUUGAAGAUGUUGUGUUAUAUGUGUUUUGUAGCACAGUAUACAAUUAUUCUAUCAUUUUUAAGCUAUGGGGUCCUUUUUCAGUGUUACGAGUCACUGUUUUAAAAAUCCCACUGUUCUUUUAAAAAUACAGCAAAAUGAUAAGUGUGUACCAAAAAUGUCUAUGAUGAGAGCGGUUUUUAAACAAAUUUACUACAAUUUACACAUCUUAAAAGUAUGCAAAUACACAGAUUUCAGAUUUACUGUCAGAACCUGAAUUAACAUUCAUUUGAAUAUUCUCAUCAGUGACAGAUCUUCAUUGAAUGAAGAGUAAUUUACUGUCCAAAUUGCCAGAACUGGUGAAUAUAUACGAUGAUUGAACUGGAAUACUACUGGGGAACAAAGCUAGUGAAUGAUUCUAGUGUGACACUCAUAUGCUCUUGAAGGUAGAUACAAAAGAGAAAUUUCAAAACUGCCUUAGGCCAUUGCAGCAUCCUUGGAAAACACUCUCAGGAUCUUUAUCUUAAAGAACAACCAUUCAUUUGGCUAUUUAGAUUCUAUUGUGUUAAAAAGUCAGUCAGUCGCAUGACUUUACAGUUACACCUUGUAUUUAAAAUGUUUUGUAAGAAUGUUUGGAUAUGUUGAUGGGCCAAAAUUAUUUAAUUAAUCAGAAAUCAAUUUUAAUCAAUCAUGAACUAUCCUUUCAAACAGCUAUGGCUAUUUGUUUUAAAGUCUAAAUAUACACAUAUAGUCAUAUUAAAACACCUUU